GGGGGUCAGGCCGCGCCAUCCACACUACCUGCCUCCCAUACCUGCCAGCGACCUGAGACCAGUCCCGUAUCUUUCGCCUUGAUGGUUUAAACUGAUGAUCUUUUUUUUUCCAUGCUUUGUGUAUAUAUUCCAGGUGUUAUUCCCUGACCUGGCUCUUCCAUGAGCUUACGAUACAAUUUGACCGCCUUAUUUCUGGAUCCCGGUAGUUGCCUUCAACUGGGCUGUCACCUUCUUCCCCGCUCCAGUACCGUCCGACCCAGACUCGCCAACCAAGAGCCACAUGGGACAAUCAGUCAACUUACCUUGGUCUCCUGGUACCUUUACCAUGGAAAGAGUUCCGAGUCAAGGAAGAAUGCAACUGCCGCGGCACGAGAAUAUCAAACAGGUCGAGCUCCUCCUUUGUAGAUUGUCUCUAGAGGACCAAGCGCCAAGAUGGGCGUAUUGGAGCAGAGAUAUAAGGGUAUUCAGAUUGCUUUAAUAAGACUGCAGCAAGCUCUUAGCUGCUCACAACUGACAGCUUUAGCCGGGCCAACCAAGAUUGCCGUCUGCUUAAUUUGACCCCGACCAAAUCCUGGAUCGGCGACAUGUGGGAACCAUGUGGUGCUCUCCGCAUCUGCAAGGCGUAAGUAUGAGCGGGCUGGAAGGCAAAUACCGUGCAGAUAAAUGAGGUAGAGAACUGUGGAUGACAGCUGAAGGGUCCUGGCAUUUAGCCUCAUACUAUCGAUAAUGGCCGUAUCAGAGGCACUUUUCAUAUGCAUUUCUAACUUAUCCAUCGUCUUCAUCCAUAGCGUUACACUGCUCCCCACAAUGAUCCCUUUCAUUCGGUACUUGAAUAUUCUCCAUCAAAGGCCUUUGACAGGGUGAUAAAGCCCACGGCACCUGUCAUGUCACAGCGAGCUUUCUGGUGUUGAUUUGGCCUCCAACCACGUCAGCCUUCACUAUGAAGAUACCCACGAAUACAGUGCUCCCAUUUGCAGCAUGGGCUGCACCGAGAGCAUCAAUCAAGGGUGUGCCGGACGUUCUGACCAAGUCUGCCCAAGACGUCAUCCAGGCCGCUGGCGCCAGCGCAUCUUGCGAGUGGUUCACCCAACCGAUAGAUCACAGCAACCCUGAGCUUGGAACAUGGCAGCAAUUAUAUUGCGUAAACCCUGCCAAAUGGGGAGGCCCCGGGUCGCCCGUGGUUCUCAUGACUCCUGGCGAGACCCCAAUCUGGGGGUCCAUCACGCCUAGCCGAGGUUACAGCUUUCUGGAUAACACAACCAUGACCGGAUUAUACGCACAGGCCAUUGGGGCGGCAACCGUUGUGAUCGAGCACCGAUACUUUGGCGGAUCUUCGCCAUACGAUGGCUUCGAUGCCGAGACUCUACAGUAUCUCACAAUGGACCAAGCAGCCAUGGACAUGGUCAACUUUGCCCAGAAUGUUGUCUUCCCUUUCGAAGACGGCAAAACAAGUGUGGCUACCAAGGUGCCGUGGCUUUGGUUUGGGACAUCCUACGCGGCAACGCUGGGCAGCUGGAUUGAACACACCUAUCCUGGCGUGUUUUACGCGUUCCAUCUUAGCAGUGCUAUCGUGCAAGCAAACACCGAGAACUGGUACUACUACGACACUAUCCGAAAAGGAAUCGAUUCUUACAGGGGAGACACACGCUGCACUGUUGCGUUGAAUGAGGUUUCAGAAUAUGUCGACAAGUACUUGCUGGCUUCGAACCGGAACGAGACGGAAGUGCAGGCGCUGAAGCUAUUGUUCGGCGCGUCAUUCCCGAUUGAGGAUGACGACUUUGCCUAUGCUAUUGCGACGCCGUUCCGCUACUGGCAAGAAACCAACGGUUACCACGAUAUCUUGGAGAUGUGCGAUGCUAUCGUCGGCUCAAAUGAGUCGGAAGAAAACGACGUUCUGGGAACUGUUCCUGGCUCUGUCGGGAACUACGCUGCAUACUUUAGAAUGAAUUUCAGACAGUCAACUUGCGAGUAUCUCAACACCUGGGGACAAGAGGAUCCCCUCUGGUGCCUCAACACACACUACGAGUGGAAUCCCUAUUUCAUUGCGAGAACCCUCGGGAACCCUUGGCGCACCUGGUACUGGUUCUUGUGCAAUGAGCCGAUUGCAUCCUGGGCCACAGGUGCACCAAAGGAGUCGCUCUCGAUGGUGUCACGAAAAAUUGAUGCUCAGUACUGGCAAAGACAGUGCGAGCUUCACUUCCCGGCUACACAUGGCGAGAAGUAUGGCAGCGCCAAGGGCAAGACACCUACCACUCUGAACGAAGAGACUGGUGGCUGGCUGCGGAACUCGACGCGUGUGAUCUGGACGAGCGGUGAAUUUGACCCCUGGAGAGGAACGAGCAUGUCCAGCGAAAUCCGAACAGGCGGUGUGCUGCAGUCCACCGACAGCGUUUCGGUCUUCCUCAUCAAGAAUGCUGUGCACGGCGAUGACGCAUUCACCACUCGUGCGCUUGGGAACCUCAACAUUAAGCCUAACCCAGAGGUUGUCAAGGUGCAGGAGCAGUCUGUUUUGAUUGUGAAGAAGUGGGUGGCUGAGUAUUAUGCGAAGCAGAGCAGCCAUAAAUAGGGGGUAGCCGUCUCUCUUUUUGAGUCGAGCAGCAAGUAGUUGUUGAAUUGUGAAUCACUGUCCCGUUCAUCUAAAAGUAUCAUGUCGAUAAAUAGCUUGGGCAUGAAGACUUCCACAACUGCUUUGCCUCCCUUUUGCAAGAUUCACAACUUCAAGCUGUGUUACCAGAGAUCCAAACCUCGCUGAAUGGGAUGAGGACUGGCACUGGGAGUUGUCACUGGCUCCACGGCUAUUCACCCCUGAGUAUCUUUCGGGCAGUUUGGGUCCACAACGGCAGUAGGGGCCUAUAUGGAGUGACUUAUUGGGAUAAGAUUGCCAACACUGAACAGUGUCUAUUACCCUACGGCGGCAAAGAAACCACCACGUCCUCAUUCCAUCACCAACACAUUCCUAAACCUCGGCUUCCCCCCCUUCAUCCCCUCAAACGCCUCAUUCACCCUAUCCAACCCAAACCUCUCGACAAAACACCUCACCCCAUUCCUCUUCGCAAAUGCCACCGCCUCCUCCCCAUCCACCGCCGUCCCCGUCGACCACCCACUAACCGAGACCGCCUUCGUCACCAUCAAAAAAGUAUCAAACUCCACCCCGCCAACCGGCGCCAAAACCACCAUCCUCCCAAAAUUCGCCAACCCCCCCAGCAACCCCCCAAUAGCCUUCGCACUAGGCGCCGUACUAACAAUCACCUUCGCCCCUCCCAUCUCCUGCAACCUCUCCACCGGAUCCUCAACCAGCGAAUCGAUAUACCCAUCCGCCCCCAACUCCCCCAUCACCAACUCCUUCUUGUCACUCCCCGUCGAGACUCCGAUAGUCUUGUACCCCAUAGCCUUGGAGUACUGCACCGCCAGAUGGCCCAACCCUCCGACGCCCUGGACGGCAACGACGGCUUCCUCCCCGGGGAUGAUCCCGCUGUGGCGGAGGGCGUUGAAGACGGUCGUGCCGGCGCAGAGGAAGGGAGCCGUGGAGGCGGGGUCGGCGUCGAGGGGGAUGCGCGAGACGGCUUCGUGGCGGAGGAGGCAGUAUUCCGCGUAACCGCCGUUCAUGGAGACGCCGUUGAUGGCUUCGUUGGCGCAGUACUGGUGGGCGCCUUUGACGCAGGAGGGGCAGGUGCCGUCGUGGCCUGGAGGCGGGGGUGGGGGGGGGGGGGUGUCAAUGAAGGAGGCAAGAUAGGGAAAAAGGGGGUGAUGGAGAGGGGCAAGAAGGAUGAAAUGGGGUAAUGUGCUAAAGUGAGAAUGUGACAAAUGUGCAAAAAGGGCAAGAUAACAACCUCCACAAUGGGGAAAAGUAAAUUUGGCAGGAACAAAGAAAGGGAAGGAGCGUCAACCAAAGACCGUAAGGGAAAGAGCAAUCAACGAGAGGAAAGAACGACGCAACAAAAUACCACAGCAGAAAAAUGCUUACCACCAUGCCAUCCGCCCCCGACCCUCUCCCCAAGACUAAACCCCUUCACCCCCUCUCCCAGCGCAGCAACCUCCCCGAUGAUCUCGUGUCCCAAAAUCCUUGGAAACGACGUCGGGAUUAUCCCCGCCGCGACGAAGGCAUCAGUGUGGCAGAUCCCACACGCCAGCACCUUCACUAGAAUCUGGCCUGGACCAGGGGGGAUCAAGGGCAAGGACUGCAGCUCCAGAGGCUGGUUCAGUCCCGUGAGCACAGCUGCCCGGAAUGUUUUAGGGAGGUUACUGAUUGCGGACAUGGUGGAUAGUGUUGAUAAAUCCCGUCGGGUUGGCGAGUGGUAUGGAAACGAUGCUUGGAAGUCCGAGAUGCAAUUGAGAGGUUUGCGGAGGUGCACCGGAUGGAGGCGGAGGCAGGAGGAGAUGAAGGUGCGGGCAUGGGGGCUUUUGUAAAGGGUGGCCAUUGCGAGCGGGUUUCUGGUGUUUGUCGUCGGAUAGGAUCUAUCUUGUCGAUUAGGUGCUUACUCAGUUUGUCGCACUUGAGCCGCGGACUUCGGCUUGGUUGCUGGAUGGAGACGAAAAGUUGGAGGGAUAUAUUGGACGUGCGGGCUGGUAAUCGUCAAGCUGAUGUCAUGACGUUGGGUGUUGAGUAAACAUCUUUCUAGUAUUUCCUAAACCGCAUUUUUCGGUACACCUUUUUUAUCUCAUUACAACCUACUAAUCCCCA